CCUAUCUGGCGCUAUUUUAAAUCGAUUAACGACGCCGGUAGCGUAGUCUAAUGUUUAUUACUUUUAAGUAUUAAGUAAGUAUUUCAAACGCGACCGAAUCGAGCCGCGUCUAUUUGCGCUUCUUUUGACUCCUGUGGCGCAAAACCGAUGUCGGAUACUUUCUCUGGACUGGUGAAAAUCUGCUUUAAAAACGAGUAUGCGGAGGAAGUGAAGGCAGAACUGACAACAAACCUUCGGAUUUAACAGCGAAUGCAUUGAAAUGAACUUAUUUACUUCGUAAUAAUAUACCAGCUUUGAGAGAUGGACUGCUGGAUGAAUUCGAAUGAAAGCAGGACUUUAAGAGAUCACGCCAUGAGAGGCCUGCUGCCAACCACAGGUAGCACAGUGCCCACCAGCUCACCUUCCAGCGAUGUCUCAAAUGGACUUUGCAGUGUUACUGUUCAGAGCGAGCUAUCUUUGGAACACAGCGCCCAGGAGCCAGGUGAUAAAGCCUUCAGGAUGCAGCAUAAGCCAAAGGAAGGCCAUAACCUCAAGGAUAACCUGUCUAUGUUGAACGAGAGUAUCGCACAUUUAAAUCGCACCUCUAGUUCAGAAAGCUCUGAUUUUCGAGCCCCUGACUCAUUCACUUUCAAAAUGGAGGAGUUUUCUCCUUUGGACAAAGCCGACUAUGACUUUCGUUCUUAUGGCCAGAUGGGAAAGGACGGGAGACAGGAGGAUAACACUCUGGACAUCCUGCAGAGUCUGGACCUACCUGGCUCUCUUUUAGAGCUCAAUGACUUCAGCGAGAUGGGUGAUGAUUUUCUUCCUUGUUUGGAAGUGGAGGACUCCCUGCUCAGGGACAGCAGCAUGCUGAAGGAUACAAAACCUGUUUUGCUUGGAAAUGACAUGAAUGGGAAUGGGAAAGCGCACACACAUCAGAGUCUGGAACAAAGCAACAACAUACCCGUCAUAAAGACAGAGAAAGAUGCUGAUUUUAUUCAGCUCUGCACGCCUGGUGUGAUCAAGCAGGAGAACGAGAGGAGAGGUUAUUGCCAGAUGUCUGGACAUCAUAGAGAGUCCAUCUCUCUUAGCAUGGACAGACAGUUGUACCCAUAUGGAAUCAGUUCCUCCUUACCAGACCAGAAACCUGCGAUAGGCUUGUAUGGCUCUUUGCCGACUGCCAGCGACGCAUGGAACUCAUUAGGGAUACGGAGAACCAGCGAGUCGAUGGUUCAGCCAUGUUCGUCCACCUACACAUACAGCAGCUCUAUACCGAAGCCUGAAGCCAGCAGUUCAAGCUCAUCUGGCUCUGCUCGACCCAGAGGGCCGACCAACAAAAUCUGUCUGGUGUGUUCAGACGAGGCAUCCGGCUGCCACUAUGGUGUUCUGACCUGCGGCAGUUGCAAAGUUUUCUUCAAAAGAGCUGUGGAAGGAUGGAGAGCACGACAAAACACAGAUGGUCAACACAACUAUCUGUGUGCUGGGAGGAAUGACUGCACCAUUGACAAGAUUCGCAGAAAAAAUUGCCCUGCCUGCCGCUUCCGCAAGUGCCUUCAAGCAGGCAUGAAUCUAGAAGCACGCAAAAACAAAAAGCUGAUCCGGCUAAACAGGCAGCAGGCUGCAGCGGAGCCUUCACCUUUCAGACACGAUGAACGGGCAUGCUCUCUUGUACCCAAGUCGAUGCCACAGCUUGUGCCCACCAUGCUGUCACUGCUUAAAGCCAUCGAGCCAGAGAUUGUGUACGCAGGCUAUGACAGCACCAUCCCUGACACCUCCACACGCCUGAUGACCACUCUCAAUCGAUUAGGAGGACGCCAGGUCAUCUCAGCUGUUAAGUGGGCCAAAGCGCUGCCAGGUUUUCGAAACUUGCACCUAGACGAUCAGAUGACGUUGCUCCAGUGCUCCUGGCUGUUCCUCAUGUCCUUCAGUCUGGGCUGGAGAUCCUACCAGCAGUGUAAUGGAGGCAUGCUGUGCUUCGCCCCUGACCUCGUCAUCAAUGAGGAGAGGAUGAAGUUGCCCUACAUGGGUGAACAGUGUGAGCAGAUGCUGAAGAUCACCAACGAGCUGGUGAGGCUGCAGGUGUCCUAUGAGGAGUAUCUCUGUAUGAAAGUGCUGCUGUUGCUCAGCACAGUACCAAAAGAUGGGCUAAAGAGCCAGGCUGUGUUUGACGAGAUCCGCAUGUCCUACAUUAAAGAACUGGGCAAAGCCAUCGUCAAACGGGAUGAGAACUCCAGCCAGAACUGGCAGAGGUUCUACCAGCUCACUAAGCUUUUGGACUCCAUGCAAGAGAUGGUGGAGGGACUUCUAAACUUCUGCUUCUACACAUUUGUGAACAAGACCCUGAGCGUGGAGUUUCCAGAGAUGCUAGCUGAAAUCAUUAGCAACCAGCUUCCGAAAAUCAAAGACGGGAGUGUCAAGCCCCUUCUCUUUCAUGAUAACUGACUGUCGUUCAUAUGACAAUGCCUUAAUGCCACCGGUAGCCUAAAAGCCGUGAGAAGGCCCAAAACUAUCAGGAGGAAACAGAAUGAGAAAAAAAUUGCUGUGGAGUCAGAAACUGAGGAUUAAAGUAAGAGAUGAAUGUAAGAAUGUUCAGACAGAGUCAAGGACACAAGACUUAUUUUCAACUCUUUAUUUUUUUUUUAAAAAUCACCAUAUAUUAGUUUUUGCAUAUGUGUUUAGAUGGGAGCAGGCGACGUUUUGAGAUUUACGUUAGGAAAAUAUGUUUAGGAAAGUUUUACCUUGCAUGUACACUGCUGCACUGUUUACAAAGGUAUAUCAGAAAAGGGAAAAUGUGCCUUUUAAAAAGUACAUUUCUUUUUGCUAUUAUCUGUCCAACAGAAGUGACAUACAUGCUCUUUGUGUUUGUCUUGUACUUGUCAUGGCGUUUUUCUUUAAAAAAAAAAAAUUCAGCACUAAUGUUUUUUGCAUCGUAGUGAUCCUUGAAAGUAAAAAGUAGAACGUUUGCACUAGCAUUUAAUUACGCACUUUUAAACCCUCCAGUGCUUGUAAUCAUUUUACUGUUAUGCAAAUAUUGCAACCCUAAAAUCAGGCUAUCGAUUACCUCAUUAGUAAAUAAAUAUAUUUAAUCACAGGCCCCCUCAGCAGCCAGUUUAUAAAAAAAAAAAAACAAUGAUGUCAGAUGUAGAUAUACAGUUGCAAUCAGAAAUAUUCAACCCCCCCUAAGAUUUUAAGGAUUUAUCAAUGAAAGUUUUUUCAAAGAGCAAGAUUCUGCUUUGGAUGACUUGUUUAUGAGUUGAGGGACAGAAAAGCGGGGGCCAGUGCCCCUGUGACAACCAGCUUGCUCCCCCCCCCCCCCCCCACGGCCCCCCUAAUGAGUGAGUCACCUCACUCUUGCGAACACACGGUGACAAAGCUGCACACCAAAGUAACCCACAUUUUCCAGUCGGACCGUUUUAAGGUGUUUUUAGACUGAAAACUGCAUAAAUAAAAUGUUGAAUUCUAUUGAA